AUGUCUGCUAAAGAGAGAUUAAAAGGGAAGGUGACCAAAGACAGCGUUACCUUGCUGCCUUGUUUCUAUUUCGUUGAGGUAGGUGAGUUUUACCAUUCCGCGACAGCUCCAAUGCGCUUGAACCGCUGGCGCUGGAGUAGCCUAGAGAAACAAUGUGUUUUGAAUGAAUAUGCGGUGACUGACAGCGGAAAAGCAACGAAAUACAGCUGUAUCAUAUUUGUAUAGCCUACAGGUAGCCGCGCAGAAUGUGUGUCAUUUUCAGUCACGGUACUGUGCAUUGGUAUGGCAGCCACGUUCAAGGCUAGGAUUAAUGAUGAGGUUGCCCUAAAACUACUUAUUCAAGGUUAACGAGCUGGCGGUGGUGGCUCUCGUCAUGUCUUUCUGUCAUGUGUCAUCACAGAUUCAUACAGUAGCCUAUCAAGUGAAGUAUUGAACAUGAUAAAUAAUAAAUAAUUUCACUCUCAUCUUGUGAUCCGAAUACUCACAUCAUUCUUGUUUCAUCUCUGUUUCAUUGAUUAUAACUCAACACCCACAUCAUUUAGAGAAUGUUCAUAAAAACUAGUUGGACUAUGCAAAAAUUACUACCAAAGAAUGCUGCGUUCAAGAAACAACAGGAAUGAAACAUGUAGCCUUGUUUGUUUUCUCCAAAGCAGUGAUCAUGGAUGAUGAAACUGGAAAUCAUGAAUAUUAAUAUGCCAUGUUAGUUUAUGCAGGCCUACUGUUUUAAACAGCCUGUUACACCUAAGUCAAAUAUUAAUGUGGCCAAGGAUUGGUUCAUUCAUUUGCAUGUUGUGUGAUUAGAGGCCUAAUGAAAAGAAAGGUAUUAAUGGCAUCUGCUGAAUCUGGGAGUUCUCCAUGGCACUGAACACUACUGUGUAGUUACAAACCAUUACUGUGAGUUUGAUGAUGCUCCAACAAAUAUGUAGGCCAUGUUUUCCAUUUAUUAUAGAUCAAUUGAUGAUUAACUAUAGAUGAUUACCUGAAAAGAACAUCAGGUUGGUCUUUGAAAUAAUGGAUUUCAGAAUCAGAAUCACCUUUAUUCGCCAAAUACAUUUACACAUACCCAUAAUUUGCCUUGGUGAGAAGGUGCUGCCAGCAAUAUACAAACAGAGUACAGACACAAGUCCACAUAGACAUCAUAUAGAAUAUACAAUAUCAGAACACUAACCAUAAAACAUAAAACUCUAGAGUAUAUUAUAGGCUGAUUACAGUGGGAAUAUACCAUUUACAGAUGGGAUAUAUCUAUAUAAGCAGAGGGAGGGAUGUUGCUGUGUCGAAUAUAUACAGUGCAUAUACAGUGUUGUGCUGAGGUGUACAUUGUGCCAUUGCAGUAUAGUGCAGAUUGGUAUUCGAGGUCAUUGAUGACAAGGUGCAGUAAUCGGCCCAAUGCAAAGUCACUUAAUCCCUAUGAGCCCGAUGGCCGGUUGAUGAGGGCCACAGCAUGGGGGAAGAAACUGUUCAGGUGGUGGGCGGUUUUGGUCAUGAUUGGCCUAAUCCGUCUGCCAGAGAGGAGUCUUUGAAAUAUGGGGUGUCCAUGGUGGGCAGGGUCGGCGAUGAUCUGACCUGCAAGCUUCCUUAUCCUGGAGGCGUGCAGGUCCUUGAUGGAGGGCAGGUGACAACCGAUGACUUUCCACAGACCGGACGAUGCACUGCAGUUUGCCCUUGCAGUGGGCAGACGCAGACCCAAACCAGGUGAUAGAAAAGGUGAGGAUGGACUCCUUUGGUCACGUUUUCCCCCUAUAGUAGGCUAUAUGGCCUGGUUCUUGGAUGUACACAUUGGAGAGGGCUAGAUGCCCAUAUUAAGCAGGACAAGCUUUCUCAUGGGGCUUCUAAAGUGCAGGCAGGAGGGUUGAAAUGCAAACAUGUCAUUGACAUGCAGAGGUUCUCUUCACUUUGUCCGUCAAAGAGAUGGAAGUCAACACUGACUUUGGUUUUACUCACUAUUGGAAACAUAAGCCCUACAGAUAUGAGUUGAGGAUGAACAACAUAAAUGUCCUGCUAACUUAUGAGUUGGAUGUGGCUCUGACUAUUUAACUGGCCACAACUCCAUAUUAAGAAGGUCUUCCUAAUGUUUGGUAUACGCAGUGUAUGUCUGGAUUGGAGAAUAUGUGGGCUGUGCAGGCUUAAAGGCCCAGUGCAGUCACAAACUAGAUUUACGUGUGUUUUAUAUAUAUUUCCACACGAUGAGGUUGGAAUUAGAGCUGUUUAAAAAGACCGCCUGAAAUUUCAGCCUGUUUUGGUGGGGUGGAGUUUUGGCCUGCCUGGUGACAUCACCUGGUGGUAAAUAGUAUUUAUAUUAUGUUAAUAGACCUAUAAGAAAGGGAGUUCCAAACCUCUCUGCCAAUAACAGCUAGUUUUCAGUUUUUCCCUCCCCACUCAGACAACUCCCAGAUAGUCCUAGCAACAUUUUUGAUUGAGAAAUUGUUCUUUACUAAGAAGCUAUUUUUGUUUGUUAUUGACCAUUUUGAUUGAAAAUAAUCAAAGUAAGGUACUUAAUUGUUACCCAGAAAAUAUUUGAUAUUGAGAUAAAAACGGCUGCAUUGGACCUUUAACGGUCCAACUCAUAACAGAGCUGGCUUUAGUUCAAUAGUAGCCUCUGCUGAGUCCCCAACAACCGGAUGUUCCGGUUUUCAGGGGAAAUGGAAAUAGAGCCUGUGAUGCAGUUUUCGCUUUUGGUCAUUAAACUCUUACCCUACGAGGUCCGGAGCCUGCUGGUUUUCUGUUCUACCUGAUAAUAAAUUGCACCCACUUGGUGUCCCAGGUCUAAAUCAGUCUCUGAUUAGAGGGGGGAAAUGAAAAAAAAGCAUUGGAACUGGCUUUGAGGUCCAGAGUUGAGUUUGAGGGAUGUAGGAUCUAGUGUCAGGCAUUUAUUUUAUGCCUGCUACGUUAGGUUAGUUCAAUAGUUAAUUCCAUUCCAUACCAUUGUUGGAAGCAGUGACUGUAGUGGACGGCAAUGCUGGCUUUUGGCCAAAUUUGGGUUCCCUUCUCCAUCCCCAAAUAUGCCCAACAUGUCUGGUAUCAGUAAAAAGUCAGUGAAAAGGUGAGAAUAAAUAAGAUACGAGUAAUGAAAAUGGAGAACCACACAGUGGUACACAGUGUAUAAUGUCAGCAGAGUGUUCUCUGUUCCAGCCUCUUUCUUCCUCUAUUCUCUUCUCUUUAGCUGAUGUCGACUGUGUUUACUAUGCUUGAGUAAGCAUUAAUAACCUCAACAGGAUAUGAAUAAAGGCUACCUCUCUGUCUAUGUGUGACAAUAACAAGAAGGAUAGCCCUGGGUAGGCUAGAGAGAGAGAGAGAGAGAGAGAGAGAGAGAGAGAAGAGAGAUAGAGAGAGAGAGAGAGAGUAGAGAGCGAGAGAGAGAGAGAGAGAGAGGAGAGAGAGAGAUAUAGAAGCUAUAUACUCUCUAGCUAGCCUCUCUCUCAUCAUCUGCUCUCUCAUUACUCUCCUCUCUCUCUCCUCCUCGCUCUGCUUCUUGGCUCCCUUUUCUUCUCCCCCAUUUUGCCUACCCAUGUUAUACCAUGGGACCUAAAUCACUGCCCUGGUGGCCCAGCCUGCUCUACCAUGGGAUUGAAUAGAAGGGAGAAUCCAAUGAAAAAUAAACAUUAUGAAAAUUGGAAACAUGAAAAGUGGAAACCACAAACUCAAUUCAUGUUGAAUACCUUCAUAAAAGGUAUGGUGACUAUUUCUUCAGAGCUACAGUAAGGAAAGAAGAAUGUUGCUGUUAAGCCAUUGGUCGCUCAACCGGGGAAACUGCAUUAUUGUAACAUAAAUAUACAUAUUCCAUGUGACGCUGCAUUUUUUACAUUUGCCCUUGGGUGGGGAAAAACCCACUGUUGCCCCUUCUUCAGCCAAUUUACAUUGAUGUUCAUUUACGAUUGCUUAAGGACAGGCAAGAUGAUCGUGCAGAUCAUCAUUCAGUUAACUUCUUUAUGGAGCUCAAUUAGUAAAUUAACUGGUGUCGUCAUAAUGAGCAGAGAGCCUACACAGAACCUGGAUUGCAGUCAUAGAACAGAUGCAGGAACAUACUUCCAUGAUAAGCUCUUAUUAAACGAGCAUGAGGUUGCAAAGUGCUAUCAGUAUGGUGGGCAACCAUGUAGCACAGCUCCUAAGGUGUUUGUUUGUGAUUAGGUUUAUACCCAUAGUUUUUAGGCAAAUGUAAGAUGCUUCAGAAAUGAAUGGAUGUGGAUGGAUGGAUGGAUGGAUUGGGCAUGUGAUGAACAAUAUGGUAAUUAUCGAGAAGCAGAAAUUGUGGCACUGUGGUUUAUAGGCCUAUUGUAUAUAUCUCCUUCGUCAUCAUUCAUGUUAUGGAAGGGGCUCAGUUGCUUCAAUGAACCUGUGACAAUGUGGCUUGCCUUGCGUCCGUUGAUUGUCUACUCUACCUGUUGCCGAGUUUAUUACUAACAUUAGCCCAAUAUUUAUAACAUUGCAAAGUAAUUUAACUAAUAUAAGUCGCCAUUGUUGUGUUUGAAGAAAUGUGCAACUUCAUUCACCUUGCUUCUGUGUUUGUUUGGUUAUACUGUCAUGUCAAUAAUUGCUCCCACACAAGCAUGUGGUUUAAGAAACAUUACACAGUUCUUAGUUUACAUGGUCCGUAUUUAGCUAUCAUUAAAAGUAAUACAUUACUCACUUUAGAUAUGUAUACACAUUUUUUUACAUGCAGCAAUUUUGUGAAAAAUUGUGAGUGACAGAAAAAUAACAGGAGCUAAAGCAAGUAUUCACUGAAUACCACAUUAGAAUGUUGACAGGAAGGAAUGUUCUAAGGAAUGUUCCCGAAUGUAGAUCAUUUUGGUAGUGGUUGUCUCAACAGGAGAAUGGGAGGCUGGGGAUCAUGAAUCAUAUUGUGAACGCAUCCAAGAGACUGCUGCAUUCCCAGUCCCACUCAUCCUCAGACAUCAAGUGGGAUUUGGGGACUUGUUUGGCGAGGUAACACAACAAGUCUGUUUGAAGAACAAGUAUUACAGCAACAAUAAACUCAUUUUACUGUAGUAAAUCAAGUCCAUACAGUUUUCCAAAAGUACUGGUUAGUGGCAAUAACUCAUCUAAAACCAGUGUGAGUUUGACUUCAUACUGUAGCUAGCUAGGCCUAUCCAUCUGAAUGCAACAAUACAAGAUGCUAAGAAGACAUUGGAUAUUGGUAGGUAACAGGAACAGUAGCUAGCUAGACCACUUUCAAUCAUCAUGGCCUGUUUACCAAUGGAAUUAUCAAUUGAAACCUGAAACUUGAACUUGCAUCAACACUUUAGAGAUGUUAAUUGGCAACUCAUUGUGACAUUGUUUCCCCCACGUCCGAUGUGUGCUUCCGGUCCUAGGGGGAGACAACUUGUUGGAUUGGGUGCCCAUUCACAUUGCCCAGUGUGGAGAUGCCAUAUUUUGGAGCAGGGGUUUAGUUUCUCUCUGUUUGUUAUUUGAGUGUGUAAAUCAAAUCAAAUCAAAUUGUAUUUGCCACAUGCGCUGAAUACAACAGGUGUAGACAUUACCGUGAAAUGCUUACUUACAGCCCUUAACCAACAAUGCAUUAAUAUUUUUAUAAAGAAGUAAAAUAAAACAACCACAACAAAAAAGUGUUGAGAAAAAAAGAGCAGAAGUAAAAUAAAAUAACAAUAGGGAGGCUAUAUACAGGGGGGUACCGGUGCAGAGUCAAUGUGCGGGGUCACCGGCUAGUUGAGGUAGUUGAGGUAAUAUGUACAUGUGGGUAGAGGUAAAGUGACUAUGCGUAAAUAAUUAACAGAGUAGCAGCAGCGUAAAAAGAUGGGGUGAGGGUGGGGGGGCAGUGCAAAUAGUCCGGGUAGCCAUGAUUAGCUGUUCAGGAGUCUUAUGGCUUGGGGGUAGAAGCUGUUGAGAAGCCUUUUGGACCUAGACUUGGCUCUCCGGUACCGCUUGCCGUGCGGUAGCAGAGAGAACAGUCUAUGACUUGGGUGGCUGGAGUCUUUGACAAUUUUGAGGGCCUUCCUCUGACACCGCCUGGUAUAGAGGUCCUGGAUGGCAGGAAGCUUGGCCCCAGUGAUGUACUGGGCCGUACGCACUACCCUCUGUAGUGCCUUGCGGUCGGAGGCCGAGCAGUUGCCAUACCAGGUGGUGAUGCAACCAGUCAGGAUGCUCUCGAUGGUGCAGCUGUAGAACCUUUUGAGGAUCUGAGGACCCUUGCCAAAUCUUUUCAGUCUCCUGAGGGGGAAUAGGCUUUGUCGUGCCCUUUUUACGACUGUCUUGGUGUGUUUGGACCAUGAUAGUUCGUUGGUGAUGUGGACACCAAGGAACUUGAAGCUCUCAACCUGUUCCACUACAGCCCCGUCAAUGAGAAUGGGGGCGUGCUCAGUCCUUUUUUUUUUCCUGUAGUCCACAAUCAUCUCCUUUGUCUUGGUCACGUUGAGGGAGAGGUUGUUAUCCUGGCACCACACGGCCAGGUCUCUGACCUCCUCCCUAUAGGCUGUCUCAUCGUCGUCGGCAAACUUAAUGAUGGUGUUGGAGUCGUGCCUGGCCAUGCAGUCAUGGGUGAACAGGGAGUACAGGAGAGGACUGAGCAUGCACCCCUGAGGGGCCCCCGUGUUGAGGAUCAGCGUGGCAGAUGUGUUGUUACCUACCCUUACCACCUGGAGGCGGCCCGUCAGGAAGUUCAGGAUCCAGUUGCAGAGGGAGGUGUUUAGUCCCAGGAUCCUUAGCUUAGUGAUGAGCUUUGAGGGCACUAUGGUGUUGAACGCUGAGCUGUAGUCAAUGAAUAGCAUUCUCACGUAGGUGUUCCUCUUGUCCAGGUGGGAAAGGGCAGUGUGGAGUGCAAUAGAGAUUGCAUCAUCUGUGGAUCUGUUGGGGCGGUAUGCAAAUUGGAGUGGGUCUAGGGUUUCUAUUGUUUUGGGUUGAGGUAUGGUUCUAUGCUAUUAUUAGGAGUGUAAAAUCUGUGAUGUAUUUUAGAAAGAUAAUGUCACCUCUGUAGAAGUGAGUUGGUUUGACCCGUUCCAGUUGGAGAGUUAGCAACUAGGAUACAUUUUUGACAGUUUGUUUCAGACCUUCAGGGCUGGAGGAAAAGGGUAGACUGCUAAAAGUUAUCUGCGUGUCCCUCUGCAAUAGUAAUAAUGCUUGUUAUGAGUGCAGCUUUAAAGUAAAGGAGCUGUAGGACAAUGUGAAAUGUUUACAAGACAGUUAUUCUAGCUUUACUUAUUUUCUAGGAUCCACUUUGUAAAAUAUAAAGUUGACAGCCUACCACUAUAAUCUUGCUGUAAAUAAAACAGCAGACUCCUAACUUAACUUUUUCACAAGACCACAUAAUCUGAAACAGGUACUUUGCUUUCUAAAUCCACUGUCGAUGAGUUCUGAUUAUUACAAGGAGCAUGUGUGCGCCUAAAUUGAAAAAUGUAGGGGCACACAAAGAAAUGUAGGAGCACAAUGAACAAUAUUUGAGAUAUUAAAGCUAGAAAACGUAAUUUUUCUAGGCGCACUGGUGCUUCUAGAUUACAUUUUCAGAUCGCACAGCAAAGUAUUUAGGCGGAUAUGCGAGUAAAAUGGUUGACUGUACAGCCCUCAUAUCAUUGUCAGCUGUUGCAGUGGUUGGUACAGUUAUUAUAUCAAUCGUGAUCUUCAUUAUAUUAGCAAAGCCAUUAUCAUUCUAAUCUAGACUGUAUUGAUUAUAGCACUGGCAUAUUAGCUGAUUAAAAUGCAUGAAGAAGAUGAAGCAACCCAUUGACUGGAUAGAAUGAGACUGUCAUGCUGCAGAAUGAGACUGUCAACCUUGGGGUUGAAGAAGCGUUAAAUUACUUGAAUUAGAGCUCAUUCAAUGCAUGAAGCUGGAGAAACCCACAUGAGGGAUAGGGGAGUGGAGUGUUUCCUUACUAUGUAACCUUUGCAUUACUAUGUGACCUUAACUCUGGGCCCUAGUGGUAGCCUAGACUGUAUCCAAGGCACAGUGUUCUAGUCAGUCAAGAAAACCCCAACACUAUAGUUCUGUGUUCAUCCACCAAUAAGAGUCCCUCCUACUAUAUUAACACCUCCACCCCCAUCAACAGAGAAUUGUUCCUCUCACUGGUGUAAGAUCUGUAAAUGCCAUCAGCUCCUGAAGAUGCCCUUGGUCAGCUGCAAAAAGAUAAACAUUUCCCUUCAAAUGUAUUUUCCCUUCAAAUGUUACACUUCCAUUGUUUUUUAUCAAUAGUCCUUACUCAUUCUCAACAGAUUGCAUGCUAUGCCAUUCUGUUGCUGUUGUAAUAAUGUGUAAUCUCCGUUGAAAGAGGCAUAUGGAAACUGCCUGUGUGAUAUCUGUACAAACCCAGUUCUCACAGAGCACUCAGAUUUUUCUGAAGUGGAGAGAACUAUAAAUGGAGAAUAAAUGGAAAAUCUACCCUGUGUAAUCACUGUGCUUUCAUAAGCCACUCAUUUUGUGUUCUCCAUGUUCAGUUCAUUAUGUUAUUUUGGUUCUGUGUGUACUAUGCAAUGCGGUACAAAGUGUUUUUGUGCUUGGGUAACAGUUGGUUAUCAACAAGUACUAAGGGUAAAGCGCUUAAGACUGUGGAAUUCUGUUGUGGUCCAAUCACUCUUAGCACAAUAGUGUUUAAUAUCAAACCACUUAUCAUUAUUGUAUUCUUUAUGUUUCUUAGUUUGCUAAAUUAAGUCGCUGAAUGGAAGCAGUGGCCCCUUUGUGGCCCUGUCUGGAAGAUCAUUUCAGUUUAAAAGGCAAAAAUCUCAGUGCUCAGGAAGGAUGUCAUUUUGAAGAAUAGUGGGUUGUAUUUUGGAUGGCUUGUCCGACAUGGCUCUUAUAGUAGUUUGCUUUCUGUCUGCUGCUUGCCAUAUGUUAUCAUGACAGCUUCUAACCUGUCUCUCAUUUCUCUCUUUCUUUCUUUCUCAAACAUCUGUCUAUCGCCCUCCUCUGCUUUAUCUCUCUCUUUCUCUUUCUGUCUUCCUCUAUCCUCCUCUCAACCUCAUCUCUCUCUCUGUCUUCCCUACCACUCCCCCUCUCUCCCUCCCCCCUCUCUCUCUCCCUCCCCCUCUCUCCCUCCAGCUCCCGAUCCUGGCCUCCUCUGUGGUCAGCCUGUAUUUCCUGGAGCUGACCGAUGUGUUCAAACCGGUGCGGUCGGGUUACAGCUGCAAUGACCGCAGUCUGAGCAUGCCCUACAUCGAGCCCGCUGAGGAAGUCAUCCCUUUCCUCAUGCUCUUCAGCCUGGCCUUCGCUGGACCUGCAGCUACGGUCAGUAUAACCACAAACCUCAUUCUCUAGCUCCGUAUUGGUUGCCUAAAGGAUGUAGCAUCAUAGGUUCCAGAUCUGUUUUUGCUGUCUUACCAACUCCUAGUCAAGCCAAACAAUGACCAUAGAAGUUGGAAAGACAGUACUAUCAGAUCUGGGACCAGGCUAGUAGCAUCAGUGUGCUCUUCAAUUUACUCUCAUGCCGGUGUUAGGUGAACUCACAGUCAGUGUUUCCCCAAAUGUAUUCUGAAGUGAUCACUUCUUAGGGUUUAGGGCCUGUGUGCUGGAAAACUCACUCCGUCCUGGUUUACUCACUGUGUGUGUGCUUAGUCCCCCUCUAAGGGUUCAAUAUUCAGUGUGCCAGCUAAAUUCACUCUUCGUGUUUCAUUUCUAAGGGCUUACUCACGGCCAGCAUGCCCUUAAACUCAGUGUGUUCCCUCCAAAUGGUUCAUCCACAUUUCAGUAGUCACAUAUGGUUUAUUCAUGCUGAAUGAGAGUUCAGGGAGAAUCCAAAGGGCUUACUUACACUGUCUGGGGUUCACUCCAAAAAAGAAUGCUCAUUUACCUGGAUUUACUAUUUUCAGAAGGAUUUUCUCCCAAUGGUAUGUCACAAUUUGUUUAUUCAUGCAGAUGAAUUCACUCCUAGACUGUAGGAUCACUUCUAAGGGUUCACUCACCCAGAAGUGUACACUCCCUAGGGUUUUUCCAUGUACAGUGGAUCUACCUUUAGGGUCUAGUAAAGAAUAGGUUUUCAUUGUUUUCAAGUGUUCUGGCUUUGGGCUUGUAGGGGUUCAAAUGCCAUCAUUUUGCUAAAGGUCUUGAUUUUGUAAUAGUCUCUUCCAUAAAGAUAACAUCUCUAUGGUUUUCUAUCUAUGGUCUCUUCUCUGUAUUAGACACUGCUAAUGUGAGAAAACAACAGACCUGACGGUGUCUGUGAGACAGUUUCCCAUGGACCUUUUAUGGAAAGUGUUGGCCUACACAUUCCAAAACAUCUCCUGAUUUUUCUGGUUAAUAAUUGUCAUAAUUCAACAUUCAUUUGGCGUGUUAUAUUCAUACAAUUCUUAGCAUCACUCUGCUGCUGCUCUCUCUCUACGCUCCUCAGCAAAAAUUCCUCUGACAGCAUCGCGCUUGGCGACACAUUCUCUUUCUCUCUUUUGGCUGUUAUCACCUAGGCAACCUGUGCUUCUUGCAGUGUCAUGCUUUGUCUCUCAGACCCGUACAGUUUGGCUGGCGCUGUCAGUUUCUAUUGGACUGUUGCCCACCUAGGGCCACUGUCUGAACAUCAACACAGACAGAGACAGACAGACAAACAGACAGACCUGAGACAGAAAUUUGUCGGGUCAUGUGGUGAAGGUUUUUUGAAGUCCUAUAGUAGCCUACUGCAUGCUAUAUUUAACAGGUGGACUUGGGGUGCUUAGAAUGACAGUAGGUUAUGAUAAAGCAUAGCCAUGAUAAGGCCAAUUAUUGUUAUAGCUGAAAUUCAUCUGCUAAAACCAUUUAUGGAUUUUAUAAAACAGCUUUCCACUGAAGGGUUUACUUGUGUUUUUUAAAGCUUGCAUUACUUGGUCUCGAGGUGGAAACACACAGAGGAAUCUACACUUGGUUUCUCUAUUUAGCUUUCUUCUACUUUAGCUAUAUGACUACAUUAUCGGACUAUGAAACUGGCUUUGCAGUCAAAAUGAAUAUGGUUCAGAUACUGAGCUGUGACUGUAAUUGUUAAAGAAAUAGGUCACUAUACAUCUUUAGUAUUAUACACAAAAACUACAGACGGCCAUAUAAUACAAAAGCAUACUAAAAUCCUUUCAGUAUAAUGGCUUAUGUGUCCACCUCUAGCAACAUGUGCUAUGAUGGUUAAUGCAACUCCCUAUCUCUCUCCUUGAGUCAUUAACGUCAUAUUAUCCCCCUUAUUUGAGAUAUAUCAAAUAAAUAGAUUCUAUAACAUCAACAUCUCUGUAUACCCGUCACAAGACCCACUGGUUGAUGCUUAUUUAUAAAACUAUCUUAGGCCUCAAUCCCCCCUAUCUGAGAUACCUAAUGCAGCCCUCAUCCUCCACAUACAACACCCAUUCUGCCAGUCACAUUCUGUUAAUGGUCCCCAAAGCACACACAUCCCUGGGUUGCUCCUCUUUUCAGUUCGCUGCAGCUAGCGACUGGAACGAGCUGCAAAAAACACUCAAACUGGACAGUUUUAUCUCCAUCUCUUCAUUCAAAGACUCAAUCAUGGACACUCUUACUGACAGUUGUGGCUGCUUCGUGUGAUGUAUUGUUGUCUCUACCUUCUUGCCUUUGUGCUGUUGUCUGUGCCCAAUAAUGUUUGUAACAUGUUUUGUGCUGCUACCAUGUUGUGCUGCUGCCAUGUUGCGUUGCUACCAUGUUGUUGUCAUGUGGUGUUGCUGCCAUGUUGUGUUGUCAUGUGUUGCUGCCAUGCUAUGUUGUUGUCUUAGGUCUCUCUUUAUGUAGUGUUGUGGUGUCUCUGUUGUCGUGAUGUGUGUUUUGUCCUAUAUUUUUAUUUUCUAUCCCAUGCCUUUUGCCUUUUGGUAGGCCGUCAUUGUAAAUAAGAAUUUGUUCUUAACUGACUUGCCUAGUUAAAUAAAGGUUAAAUAAAAUAAAUAAAUAAAUACAUAUUCUGUAGCAGGAUCUUUUUGUUAAUGUUUUCUUUUGUAUUCUACCCCCUUUUUCUCCCCAAUUCCGAACUUAUCUUAUCGCUGCAACUCCCCAACGGGCUCGGGAGGCGAAGAUCGAGUCAUGCGUCCUCUGAAACAUGACCUGCCUAACCGCGCUUCUUAACACCCGCCCGCUUAACCCGGAAGCCAGCCGCACCAAUGUGUCAGAGGAAACACUGUUCAACUGACGAUCGAGGUCAGCCUGCAGGCGCCCAGCCUGCCACAAGGAGUCGCUAGAGCAGGAUGAGCCAAGUAAAGCCCCCCCGGCCAAAACCUCCCCUAACCCGGACGACGCUGGGCCAAUUGUGCGCCGCCCAAUGGGACUCCCGAUCACGGCCGGUUGUGAUACAGCCCGGGAUCGAACCCGCGAUGCAGUGCCUUAGACCGCUGCACCACUCGGAAGGCCCCCAACAGGAGAUAUUAUUGAUGGACUAUGAAUCCUGCCUUAUAUAAUUUGUUCCCACUCGCUGAUCCUCUCAUCAUUAAAGUAAAUGCAUGCAAUUACCUAUUUAAUGUCAUGUUCCUCCUACCAUGCAGAACGCACACUUUACAUUAUACAGUAUAGGCCAGGGUUCUUCAAUUCCGUUCCUGGAGGGCCGAAACACUUCUGUUUUUAAUUUCUACCUGGUAGUUAAUUGCACUCACCUGGUGUCCCAGGUCUGAAUUAGCCCCUGAUUAGAAGGAGAGGAUGAAAAACAGAGGUGUUUUGGCCCUCCAGGACCGGAAUUGAAGAACCCUGGUAUAGGCUGUACUGUAGUAAUUACUCAUAAAAUGGAAAGUUGUAUACCGCUAUAGAACAUCUAAACAAUUUGGCAAUGGAUAUUAAUUUAUUCAGAGGGCAUGCCUAUGUAGCAUGAAUGUAUCUCACUCUUCUAGAAGUGUUCUGCCCUUGGGCUUUUACAGGUUAAAGUGUCAUCAUUUAUCUGUUUUGUUUGAAAUGUAUAUUUUGUCCAAAGUCUUCUUUGUUGAAAUUACAUUUUUAUGAAUGAUUCUUCUGCCAAAACAAUUUCACCCCUUGAGGAUUCUGUUUUCUACUACUACUUUUAUGAUUUGUAGAUUGAACACACUUUUCUAGUAUUUCAAACAUACACAUUCACAUAUGUGUUCAUCAUUUUUAAUUUGCUGUAUUUUAAUAUUGCAAAUAGAUUGUGGCUUCAAUCAUUGUAAUUGUUUGCAUAAUUUCCAAUUCCCCAUAUAUUUUUUAAAGAAAUAAAAAUAUUAUUUUAAAUAUGUAGAGUGCAUUCGGAAAGUAUUCAGAACCCUUCACCUUCUCCACAUUUUAUUUUAUGGGAAACAAUUAUUGUGAUUAAUCGUAUACUGUCCCUAACAUCAUUACCCCUUAGCAACAGACAUGGGAUACAUACAGUGGCUUGCGAAAGUAUUCACCCCCCUUGGCAUUUUUCCUAUUUUGUUGCCUUAUAAUCUGGAAUUUAAAUGGAUUUUGGGGGGAUUUGUAUAAUUUGAUUUAUACAACAUGCCUACCACUUCGAAGAUGCAAAAUAUUUGUCAUUGUGAAACAAAAAAGAAAUAAGACAAAAAAACAGAAAAUUUGAGCAUGCAAAACAAUGCAAACAAAGCUUAUAGAGACAUACCCCCCCCCCCCCCCCCCCAAAGUCAAUACUAUGUAAAGCCAUCUUUUGCAGCAAUUACAGCUGCAAGUCUCUUGGGGUAUGUCUCUAUAAGCUUGGCACAUCUAGCCACUGGGAUUUUUGCCCAUUCUUCAAGGCAAAACUGCUCCAGCUCCAUCAAGUUGGAUGGGUUCCGCUGGUGUACAGCAAUCUUUAAGUCAUACCACAGAUCCUCAAUUGGAUUAAGGUCUGGACUUUCACUAGGCCAUUCCAAGACAUUUAAAUGUUUCCCCUUAAACCACUCAAGUGUUACUUUAGCAGUAUGCUUAGGGUCAUUGUCCAGCUGGAAGGUGAACCUCCGUCCCAGUCUCAAAUCUCUGGAAGACUGAAACAGGUUUCCCCUCAAGAAUUUCACUGUAUUUAGCGCCAUCCAUCAUUCCUUCAAUUCUGAUCAGUUUCCCAGUCCCUGCCGAUGAAAAACAUCCCCACAGCAUGAUACUGCCACCACCAUGCUUCACUGUGGGGAUGGUGUUCUCAGGGUGAUGAGAGGUGUUGGGUUUGCGCGUUUUCCUUGAUGGCCAAAAAGCUCAAUUUUAGUCUCAUCUGACCAGAGUACCUUCUUCCAUAUGUUUGGGGAGUCUACCACAUGCCUUUUGGCGAACACUAAACGUGUUUGCUUAUUUAUUUCUUUAAGCAAUGGCUUUUUUCUGGGCACUCUUCCGUAAAGCCCAGCACUGUGGAGUGUACGGCUUAAAGUGGUCCUAUGGACAGACUCCAAUCUCCGCUGUGGAGCUUUGCAGCUCCUUCAGGGUUAUCUUUGGUCUCUUUGUUGCCUCUCUGAUUAAUGCCCUCCUUGCCUGGUCUGUGGGUUUUGGUGGGCGGCCCUCUCCUGGCAGGUUUGUUGUGGUGCCAUAUUCUUUCAAUUUUUUAAUAAUGGAUUUAAUGGUGCUCCAUGGGAUGUUCAAAGUUUCAGAUAUUUUUUUAUAACCCAACCCUGAACUGUUUGGAGAGCUCCUUGGUCUUCAUGGUGCCGCUUGCUUGGUGGUGCCCCUUGCUUAGUGGUGUUGCAGACUCUGCGUCCUUUCAGAACAGGUGUAUAUAUACUGAGAUCAUGUGACAGAUCAUGUGACACUUAGAUUGCACACAGGUGGACUUUAUUUAACUAAUUAUGUGACUUCUGAAGGUAAUUGCACCAGAUCUUAUUUAGGGGCUUCAUAGCAAAGUGGGUGAAUACACAUGUACGCACCACUUUUCCAUUAUUUAUUUUUUUAAUUUCACUUCACCAAUUUGGAGUAUUUUGUUUAUGUCCAUUACAUGAAAUCCAAAUAAAAAUCCAUUUAACUUACAGGUUGGAAUGCAACAAAAUAGGAAAAACGCCAAGGGGGAUGAAUACUUUUGUAAGGCACAAACUCUCCCCACCAUACCCCCACAAACAACCACAAGCUCAGACGUUCAACAGUUGUUCCAUCCCCGAGCCCAACUCAAGAGAAGACUUGAUGUGCGAAAGCAUAUACAGUUGUAGCUGUUUAAGAAGGCAUGCAAAAUUGAGCAAGAAUGGGGAGAUUUGCUUAACCAAUGUCAAGUCCUAGCUGAUGGAUCUCAGAUACAGUGGGGAAAAAAGUAUUUAGUCAGCCACCAAUUGUGCAAGUUCUCCCACUUAAAAAGAUGAGAGAGGCCUGUAAUUUUCAUCAUAGGUACACGCCAACUAUGACAGACAAAUUGAGAAUUUUUUUUCCAGAAAAUCACAUUGUAGGAUUUUUUAUGAAUUUAUUUGCAAAUUAUGGUGGAAAAUAAGUAUUUGGUCACCUACAAACAAGCAAGAUUUCUGGCUCUCACAGACCUGUAACUUCUUCUUUAAGAGGCUCCUCUGUCCUCCACUCGUUAUCUGUAUUAAUGGCACCUGUUUGAACUUGUUAUCAGUAUAAAAGACACCUGUCUACAACCUCAAACAGUCACACUCCAAACUCCACUAUGGCCAAGACCAAAGAGCUGUCAAAGGACACCAGAAACAAAAUUGUAGACCUGCACCAGGCUGGGAAGACUUAAUCUGCAACAGGUAAGCAGCUUGGUUUGAAGAAAUCAACUGUGGGAGCAAGUAUUAGGAAAUGGAAGACAUACAAGACCACUGAUAAUCUCCCUCGAUCUGGGGCUCCACGCAAGAUCUCACCCCGUGGGGUCAAAAUGAUCACAAGAACGGAGAGCAAAAAUCCCAGAACCACACGGGGGGACCUAGUGAAUGACCUGCAGAGAGCUGGGACCAAAGUAACAAAGCCUACCAUCAGUAACACACUACGCCGCCAGAGACUCAAAUCCUGCAGUGCCAGACGUGUCCCCCUGCUUAAGCCAGUACAUGUCCAGGCCCGUCUGAAGUUUGCUAGAGUGCAUUUGGAUGAUCCAGAAGAGGAUUGGGAGAAUGUCAUAUGGUCAGAUGAAACCAAAAUAUAACUUUUUGGUAAAAACUCAACUCGUCGUGUUUGGAGGACAAAGAAUGCUGAGUUGCAUCCAAAGAACACCAUACCUACUGUGAAGCAUGGGGGUGGAAACAUCAUGCUUUGGGGCUGUUUUUCUGCAAAGGGACCAGGACGACUGAUCUGUGUAAAGGAAAGAAUGAAUGGGGCCAUGUAUCGUGAGAUUUUGAGUGAAAACCUCCUUCCAUCAGCAAGGGCAUUGAAGAUGAAACGUGGCUGGGUCUUUCAGCAUGACAAUGAUCCCAAACACACCGCCCGGGCAACGAAGGAGUGGCUUCGUAAGAAGCAUUUCAAGGUCCUGGAGUGGCCUAGCCAGUCUCCAGAUCUCAACCCCAUAGAAAAUCUUUGGAGGGAGUUGAAAGUCUGUGUUGCCCAGCGACAGCCCCAAAACAUCACUGCUCAAGAGGAGAUCUGCAUGGAGGAUUGGGCCAAAAUACCAGCAACAGUGUGUGAAAACCUUGUGAAGACUUACAGAAAACGUUUGAGCUGUGUCAUUGCCAACAAAGGGUAUAUAACAAAGUAUUGAGAAACUUUUGUUAUUGACCAAAUACUUAUUUUCCACCAUAAUUUGCAAAUAAAUUCAUUAAAAAUCCUACAAUGUGAUUUUCUGGAUUUUCUUUUGUCAUUUUGUCUGUCAUAGUUGACGUGUACCUAUGAUGAAAAUUACAGGCCUCUCUCAUCUUUUUAAGUGGGAGAACUUGCACAAUUGGUGGCUGACUAAAUACUUUUUUUCCCCACUGUACAUCCCUUUCCCCUGAAACACACACACGCUGGUCCCCCGUUGUGACCAUUUUCCGAAGCAUCUCUGAAAAUCUCACAUACUGUAUGUGUUCAUACAUAAUUGAAGUUAUCGCCUGCAGUUUUCUCCAUGUUGAUGUUUUCCUCUUUCUCAUACAGUCUGUCAUUGUAUGUUGUUUCCCACCUGUUCUCAUGUAGAUAUAUUUCCCCCGCUGCUUAGAUGGUUCAACCCAGAUAUUCAGUGUUUCCCAACAGGGUAAUUUGUUUCUCAUCCCGCAGGUGAGUUAGUACGUGCCAGCUGUCGUGGGGAGUUUCCCACGCUGGUCCUGUGGUUUGUCCCAGCUGUGGCCUGUGUAGUAACCAAUCUUUACCUCAGCAUGGCACAGGGAGCCGGGGGAGGGUUCAGACUGUAGUAGCUGCCUCAGAGGCAGUCCGUUAGUGUAGCUGCCUCCGAGGCAGCCAGUUAGUGUAGCUGCCUCCGAGGCAGCCAGUUAGUGUAGCUGCCUCAGAGGCAGUCAGUUAGUGUAGCUGCCUCAGAGGCAGCCAGUUAGUGUAGCUGCCUCAGAGGCAGUCAGUUAGUGUAGCUGCCUCAGAGGCAGUCAGUUAGUGUAGCUGCCUCUGAGGCAGCCAGUUAGUGUAGCUGCCUCAGAGGCAGUCAGUUAUUGUGGCUGCCUCAGAGGCAGAAGGCUCAGGUGGUGGAGCAGCCCUGCAUUCACUUUAGCUAUCUCACUUUCCCUAACAGAUGAUGCUAUCCACAGGCAAUUUAUAACUGAGAUUAUGAAUAAAUUAUCUGUCAGUGUUGGCGUCAUUACCAAAUAAAUUAUAGUCAAUUCAGGAGUGGAAUUGCAAUCCUAUGAAUAAAUUAUUUGGUCCAAUUAUUCAACAUACAGAAACUGAACUAGGAUGGACCCCAACCCUGGUCUAUGUUAAUUAAACACUCUUCUGUCCUUUCUGUCGAUUCUCUUCUUAGAUAAUGAUAGGAGAAGGUAUCCUGUAUUGCUGUCUGUCUAGGAGAAAGACUGGAGUCAAAACAGAGGCCAAUAUCAAUGCAGCCGGCUGCAAUUUCAACUCGUAUAUACGGCGUGCUGUUCGGUUUGUUGGUAAGUUUAGGUAUUUUCUCAAUCGGGACAUCUUGAAAACAUGUGUAUCUAACUUCACAACACCCAACACUGACCCAGCUGUGUAGUGAACACCCACAUUUUGUGUUUUGUCGUGUCUUUUGGUGAUUAGCUGAGGAAUAUCUCCCUUGCUCUCCCACUUUCCCCCCCCCCCCAUCCCCCCCCCCCCCCCCCAUCGCUCUACCAGGGGUCCACGUAUUUGGACUGUGCAUCACGGCUCUCAUCACUGACAUCAUCCAGCUGUCGACAGGCUACCACGCCCCAUACUUCCUGACAGUGUGUAAACCCAACUACACCACGCUCAACUUGACCUGUGACGACAGCUCCUUCAUCACAGAGGACUUCUGUUCUGGAGGAGCAGGCCCAGCCGUCAUCAACGCUGGCAGGUCAGAGUGCUGAUCUAGGAUCAUGUUUGCCAUUUAGAUCAUCAUUAAUAAGAUUACAUGGACAGGGGGGAUCUGAUCCUAGAUCAGCACUCUGGUUUAUGAAUACGGGCCCAGACUGUUUUGAAAAUUGAUUUUAAAAAAUGCAUUGAGAUUUGAAUGAUGCAUGCACCAUCACCCUCACAAGUAACUAGAUUAUUGAUAGAACAGGUGGUUCACCAUGACAGUAAGCAUUUGUGAAUAAUAUCCACUGUGUCUGUGGAAACAGGUGAAGGGUGAAGUUGCCCCUAGACACUGAUCAUGGGUCAGUUUAGCAUUUUUAGGACUGGUGGAUUUUUAGGACUGGUGGAGGGGAACAUUAUCCUAGAUUUGAAGGGGAAACCUAGGGGAAACUUCACCAUGGAGUUUGUAAACACAGGCACUGAAAUUGUGCUCUGCAAGUGGCACGCUACGUGGGUUUCCACAGAUGGUCAUUAGCAUAUCUCUCCAAUGUAGUAAAGUCUGAAACUGUAUAUACAGAAGUUUCACACAUUAUUACAGCAAACACAUUUUCCCGCCGGUAAACCAACAACAUGCCUACUGUACAUCUAUCUGUUGUUCAUAUUCUGUACAUUUGUAUUUAUUAUGGAUCCCCAUUAGCUGCUGCCAAGGCAGAAGCUACUAUUCCUUGGGUCCAGUAAAAUUAAGGCAGUUAUACAUUUUUAUAAUUUUUUAAAAACAUUACAAUACAUUCACAACAGAUUUCACAACAUAUUAAGUGUGUGCCGUCAGGCCCCUACUCUACUACCACAUAUCCACAACACAAAAUCCAUGUGUACGUGUGUGUAUAGUGCGUAUGUUAUCGUGUGUUUGUAUGCAUGGGUCUGUGCCUAUGUUUGUGUUGCUUCACAGUCCCCGCUGUUCCAUAAUUUUACUGCUUGCAUGAGUUACUUGAUGUGGAAUAGAGUUCCUUGUAGUCAUGGCUCUAUGUAGUACUGUACAUUGGAAAGCAAUGUUACGAAAUGCUAAUAUGCUAUGUUAAGAACAGUGCUAGCUUGCUAAACAACACCCACACUAGCCUCUACCUCAGGAGUGACUCGCUACCAGUCUCAGAGACAUUAGUUUGUUAAAGGCACUUAAAGGAAAGAAUCACCCAUUUUAAAUGUUAUAUCAUCAUAACAGCUGUAUUUCUGGCUGCUUGAACGAUACACAUGAAAACAUGAAAUGACCCUGGGAAUUGAUAGAACAUCGCUCACAGAUGCACAAAAACAAUAUAACAUAAAAAAUGGGUGAAUCUUUUUAUUUUAAUGUCUCCACUCUCCACCAAGUUGCUGGCUUACCUUAAUAAAUACUGUGUCUGACUCACUGUACAAUGUAGCAGUCCUAGCUACGGUCUGCCGGUACAGAAAUAAGAGGAGAGCAAGGAGAACCGGAGAUGCCUUUCCUACAGCCCACUCAGUUCAUCCCGGUGCACUUGCAAAGCAGGGAAUGUGUGGCAGACCUGCCUGAACCCACACACAGACCAGGCAACUCUUACCAAGGCUGUCAGUUUCUGUUUACUCAUCAAUAUGCGGAAUCUGUACUGUGUGUCUUCUGUUUUGUCCAGCCUCUCAGGAUGAGAAGUUGGCCUGUGCACAUUUGCAGGGAGAUAGGCCCUUUGGAAUCCAUAUUUUGAAGGUCCCUCAGUUGUCAGACAAAACUCGCUCAGUUGUCAGAUUAAACGUUGUUGAAUUUCUUAGGAUUAGGAUAUGUUUUAAGUCCCUUAGGGGUGUUGUUUUUGUAUUGUACAAAGGAUGUAUGAUAUGGAAUACUUUAAAAGGCAAGUGGGUCUGGAGGAGGACCAUAGAUAAAUGAUGGCUACAGCACAGUAGGUAUGUGCUGCUACUGAAAUCUGAUUGGCUGUCAUUUUAAUAAAGUAAAUAAACAGCUGUUUGUUGACUUUAUUCCUCGCUGGCAAGCUGGCUCAGGCUAGGGAUAUGACAAUAACUCACAAUGCUUAUGGUCAAACUGCUCAUAAUAUGGUUAGUGAUUUGCGGGGCAAAUAAAACCAACUCAUUGCUGUGGCAAAUCGAUCAUGGGAUGUGCCCUUCACGGUGGAUUUCCCUUUAGUCUGUCUCACUGUCUCUCAAGCGGAAGAUUAAAAUGACUGUCUCCCUCUCCUGUCGUUCUAGGAAGUCCUUUCCCUCGCAGCAUGCCACUCUGGCCGCCUUCGCUGCUGUCUACAUCUCUGUAAGUAAUCCAGCUACAAGCACACAUACACACACACACAUAGACGUACACACAUACACAUCCCUCUCCUCAGCUUACUGCCUCACAGCAGUCUAGUCUAACUGGUCCUCAUCCACUGGAUGACGACCAUGUGUCUUACUCUACAAAUGUUUUCCAUAUUACUGUAUUUUGGUUUGAACAGUCUCUGUUAAUGUCCACCAAAACAUACAUUUUCCUUGGAAUGGUUGAAUUGGAAUGCAGUCGUAAUGCAAAUCAAGUUUCGACAUGGGCUACCUCCGUUUACAGUUAAAAGCCUUUAAAAAAAAAUUGUAUAUUGAUUCCAGGCCUCUCUACAAACAAGAGCAAUUUGUCAAAUCUCUAAUGCAACUGGAUAUAUGGUAAAUAGAUAACUGUAUAGACGACAGCUGAAUUAACUGGAUAUAUGGUAAAUAGAUAACUGUAUAGACGACAGCUGAAUUAACUGGAUAUAUGGUAAAUAGAUAACUGUAUAGACGACAGCUGAAUUAACUGGAUAUAUGGUAAAUAGAUAACUGUAUAGACGACAGCUGAAUUAACUGGAUAUAUGGUAAAUAGAUAACUGUAUAGACGACAGCUGAAUUAACUGGAUAUAUGGUAAAUAGAUAACUGUAUAGACGACAGCUGAAUUAACUGGAUAUAUGGUAAAUAGAUAACUGUAUAGACGACAGCUGAAUUAACUGGAUAUAUGGUAAAUAGAUAACUGUAUAGACGACAGCUGAAUUAGCUGGAUAUAUGGUAAAUAGAUAACUGUAUAGACGACAGCUGAAUUAACUGGAUAUAUGGUAAAUAGAUAACUGUAUAGACGACAGCUGAAUUAACUGGAUAUAUGGUAAAUAGAUAACUGUAUAGACGACAGCUGAAUUAACUGGAUAUAUGGUAAAUAGAUAACUGUAUAGACGACAGCUGAAUUAACUGGAUAUAUGGUAAAUAGAUAACUGUAUAGACGACAGCUGAAUUAACUGGAUAUAUGGUAAAUAGAUAACUGUAUAGACGACAGCUGAAUUAACUGGAUAUAUGGUAAAUAGAUAACUGUAUAGACGACAGCUGAAUUAUUAGCUGUACGGCAUCCAUACUAGGAAGUCGUCAGUUGUCAGACAAAACUGUCCGAAAUCCGUCUUGCCUACUACCUACUAAAACGGCAUAUUGUGUAGUAAUCGUUCUACAUAGUGUUUAGAAUGUAUUGUUUAGUAAAAUCGAAUGCAGUAAGCAACAAAUGUCAACAUACUACAAAUGUCAUCUAAUGUGCAAUCGGGCUUGUUCCCCGCCAUUCGUUCAUUUUUAUAGAGUGCGUCCCAUAUUCUGAUUAUCAGCUGUUGUCAAACGCACGUGGGUCUGAAAAUAUAAUUAUCUUCCUCUAUAGUGUGCAGAAAAUUCUACUAGAUGAUAAGCCAAAAUAAAAAAUGUCACAUACUUUUAAAAAACAUUCUCUUUUCGCAUACCCAAAAUGCAUACUAUUUAGAAUGCAAGUAUGGAUAUUCGGACACGGCCAGUGAGUUGUCCGACAAAACUUCCACAGUUUUCAGUUGGCGACUUCCUAAUAGGGAUGCCUGAGUAAUGACACUGGUAUCUCUCCUCUCUCCUCCAGAUGUACUUCAACACUACGUUGACGGACUCCUCCAAGCUGCUGAAGCCCCUGCUGGUCUUCUCCUUCAUCAUGGGUGGCAUCAUCUGUGGCCUGACCCGCAUCAUCCAGUUCAAGAACCACGCCAUUGACGUCUACUGUGGCUUCCUCAUCGGAGGAGGGAUCGCCGUCUACCUGGUGAGAUGCUCUAGUAGAUCUAGUAGAUCUCUAGUUGAUCACUGAUCUUCUAGGUCUUGGUCCGGGGACACUACCUGGUGACACUCUACUACUGUAGAUCUAGGCUGCAUCUGAAAUAGAACCCUAUCCCCUAUAAAGUGCACUACUUUUUCUGAUCAAAAGAAGUGCACUAUAUAGGGGAUAGGGUGCCAUUUAAGACAUAUCCCUAGGCUCUUCAGUCCUGGUCCUGGAGACCGACAAGAGGUGCAGGUUUUUGUUCCAGUCCAUGUUGUAACACACCUAAUUCACCUUGUAAAUUAAAUAACAGGUCAAAUUGAUUAGUUUAAUUAGGUGUGUUAGUAUCAUGAUGGAAUAAAAGUCUGCAUACCCGGUGGGUCACCAGGACCAGGAUUGAAGAACACUGAUCUUAAGAUUCAUCUCAUUGAAGCCAUUAUUUCUAAUACUAGGGCACACCUCUGAUAUUGCUAGCCUCUCAUCUCCUUCUAGCCUCUUUAAAAAAAAGUGCUAUCUAGGACCUAAAACGGUUCUUCAGCUGUCCCCAUAGGAGAACCCUUUGAAGAACCCUUUUAUGUUCUAGGUAGAACCCUUUUGUUUCCAGGUAGAACCCUUUUGGGUUCCAUGUAGAACUCUUUCCACAGAGGGUUCUACAUGGAAACCAAAAGAGUUCUAACUGGAAAUAAAAAUAGUUCUACCUAGAACCAAAAAGGGUUCUCCUAUGGGGACAGCCGAAUAACCCUUUUGGAACCCUUUUUUCUAAGAGUGUAGCCUCUUAGAUAAGGUGCAACUGUCUGUCUGUAUAUUGAUGGAUGUAAUGAGUAGUGGCAUGUUUUGCUAGCUUGUUUGUUGAGUCUGUGGUGCUUUUGUAAAUGGGGUUACAGAAAUCCAAUUACCGGCAUGCUGAACAGAGCAGGAUGCACUAGUUUUGAGCAAUAUGAUUCAUGCUAUUGUAUGAGGGUGUCAAUGUUUCAACAUUAUUUAAAACUGUUGGCUAUAAUUAGGCUAUACGGUAAUGGAUAUGUCACCAAAAUGAAAUGUGCAUUGAAUUAGCUUAAUAUGCAGCAUCAGAUAUACAUAACAUGAUUACGAUUGGUAAAGAUACUGUACAGUACUGUGCAUUUGCUCAAAUCCAUUUCAGCAAUAUGCGGUAAAAUAUUCGAUUUUCAUGGUACAGGAUCAUAGACAGGUAUAAAUAACACGCAUGCACAUCCCACACACAUUCAUGUCACACCGCCUACACACACCCACACAAUAUCCUCACAUUUAAUAUUAUUUAAUCAGAAGUGAUUGAGGCUAUGAUGUGGCUAUGAUUGUGCCACUGACAAUUUACCACAACAGUAAUACAGUUUGCUGAUGCAUUAUCUCUGACUCAGUGACUAAGACAUGUGUCACAUGAUCAGUGGCAUACCAAAUCCAUUGCCAAAAUCUUGCAGACCUCAUGUUGAACGAAUGUCUCUUGGCUCUUGGUUAGGCUAUUUACAGUGGGGAAAAAAAGUAUUUAGUCAGCCACCAAUUGUGCAAGUUCUCCCACUUAAAAAGAUGAGAGAGGCCUGUAAUUUUCAUCAUAGGUACACAUCAACUAUGACAGACAAAUUGAGGGAAAAAAAUCCAGAAAAUCUCAUUGUAGGAUUUUUAAUGAAUUUAUUUGCAAAUUAUGGUGGAAAAUAAGUAUUUGGUCACCUACAAACAAGCAAGAUUUCUGGCUCUCACAGACCUGUAACUUCUUCUUUAAGAGGCUCCUCUGUCCUCCACUCGUUACCUGUAUUAAUGGCACCUGUUUGAACUUGUUAUCAGUAUAAAAGACACCUGUCCACAACCUCAAACAGUCACACUCCAAACUCCACUAUGGCCAAGACCAAAGAGCUGUCAAAGGACACCAGAAACAAAAUUGUAGACCUGCACCAGGCUGGGAAGACUGAAUCUGCAAUAGGUAAGCAGCUUGGUUUGAAGAAAUCAACUGUGGGAGCAAUUAUUAGGAAAUGGAAGACAUACAAGACCACUGAUAAUCUCCCUCGAUCUGGGGCUCCACGCAAGAUCUCACCCCGUGGGGUCAAAAUGAUCACAAGAACGGUGAGCAAAAAUCCCAGAACCACACGGGGGACCUAGUGAAGGACCUGCAGAGAGCUGGGACCAAAGUAACAAAGCCUACCAUCAGUAACACACUACGCCGCCAGGGACUCAAAUCCUGCAGUGCCAGACGUGUCCCCCUGCUUAAGCCAGUACAUGUCCAGGCCCGUCUGAAGUUUGCUAGAGUGCAUUUGGAUGAUCCAGAAGAGGAUUGGGAGAAUGUCAUAUGGUCAGAUGAAACCAAAAUAUAACUUUUUGGUAAAAACUCAACUCGUCGUGUUUGGAGGACAAAGAAUGCUGAGUUGCAUCCAAAGAACACCAUACCUACUGUGAAGCAUGGGGGUGGAAACAUCAUGCUUUGGGGCUGUUUUUCUGCAAAGGGACCAGGACGACUGAUCCGUGUAAAGGAAAGAAUGAAUGGGGCCAUGUAUCGUGAGAUUUUGAGUGAAAACCUCCUUCCAUCAGCAAGGGCAUUGAAGAUGAAACGUGGCUGGGUCUUUCAGCAUGACAAUGAUCCCAAACACACCGCCCGGGCAACGAAGGAGUGGCUUCGUAAGAAGCAUUUCAAGGUCCUGGAGUGGCCUAGCCAGUCUCCAGAUCUCAACCCCAUAGAAAAUCUUUGGAGUGAGUUGAAAGUCCGUGUUGCCCAGCGACAGCCCCAAAACAUCACUGCUCUAGAGGAGAUCUGCAUGGAGGAAUGGGCCAAAAUACCAGCAACAGUGUGUGAAAACCUUGUGAAGACUUACAGAAAACGUUUGACCUGUGUCAUUGCCAACAAAGGGUAUAUAACAAAGUAUUGAGAAACUUUUGUUAUUGACCAAAUACUUAUUUUCCACCAUAAUUUGCAAAUAAAUUCAUAAAAAAUCCUACAAUGUGAUUUUCUGGAGAAAAAAAGUCUCAUUUUGUCUGUCAUAGUUGACGUGUAACUAUGAUGAAAAUUACAGGCCUCUCUCAUCUUUUUAAGUGGGAGAACUUGCACAAUUGGUGGCUGACUAAAUACUUUUUUUCCCCACUGUAUGUAUUUUUGUCUUAGAUGUAUUCACUGAACGAUGCUUGAAAAAGCGUAAUGGAAUACUGGAAUUGUAUACUGAUGUCUGUCUAGAGACUCCUAACACAAUUUUAGACAGUUAUAGGUAGAUACAGAUAUAUUAGGUAUAGAUAGGUAGGUAGAGGUAGUUCAAGAUGGGUAGUUCAACCUAUAAUGUAUGCUGUCAUGGUCUGUCCUCCCUUCAGGGCCUGUAUGCGGUGGGUAACUUCCAGCCUAGUCAGGACACGUCCAGACAGCAGCCCCAGCUUCCCCCACUCCGCGAGCCCCCCAGGAGCAACACCGUGCCCAACGUCAGCCAGAGCGCGGGGCGCCACCUGCAGCCCAACAGCCUCAACAGCAUGAACAGCCUGAACAGCGUCAGCACCGCCGACAGCCUAACCGCCACCCACCCCGCGACUAUCCUGACCCGGGUCCCCUCCCGCCGCGAGUCCAGCUCCCUGAACAACCUGAAGAGGGCCAGUGCUGACGUGGAGUGCAUCACCACGUCAAGCACCCUGGGUAAACAGGACAGCCUGGUGACCUUUAACAGUAGCACGUUACCCAGGUUGCACGGCGGCUCGCUCCCCGAGGAGCACCGGGUCCCGCGCCGCCACGCCAGCAUCCACGCCUCCAUGGACUCCACGCGCUCCAAGCAACUGCUCUCACAGUGGAAGACCAAGAACGAGAACCGCAAGCUCUCACUGCAGGUGAUGGACAGUGGGGUGGUGGUGGGACGCCACCAUUCAACAUCCUCCUCCUCCUCGCCCCAGAGGACCAUGGAGCUGAGGUGCAGCUCUGAGCCGUCAGCCAUGGGCCUGGAGGCGGAGCUCUGCGCUCAGGGCCAUAUCCCCGCCCAGUACAUGAAGCUGGCAGCUAGCAUCGUGCCGCUGUCCAACCACCUCCCCCACAACGGGGGCAGCAGCGGGCUGGCCACGGGGGCCCGAGUCUCCAUCCAGUCCCGGCCAGGCUCCUCCCAGCUGGUCCACAUCCCAGAGGAGACCCAGGAGCACAACAGCAGCAACUCCACCAGGGAGGAUGAGGAUGACGAGGACAGGGAGGAUAACUACAUCGGCAGUGGGAUCCCUAGCGGGGGUGGCUCAGUGCGCUCCAAGUGGCUGAAGGUGGCCAAAGAGGGCGCCCCCUGCAGGACUAACAGCCUAACUAACCAGCCGCGCAUCAUGCAGGUCAUCACCAUGUCCAAGCAGCAGGGUCUGCUCCAGCACGGCAGCCCCAAGAGCUCUGAGGAUGGUAGCGUGGGCAGCUGCACAGGCUCCAUCCGUUACAAGGCCCUGACAGACCAGGAGCCCGGCCAGGGCAUCGUGAGGGUGGAGGCCCACCCAGAGAACAAGCCUGUGAUCAAGCCUCCGGACGGCGGUGGCUCCUGGAGGUGGAAGCCGCAGGAGCAACGGGGCAGCAUCCGCCACUCCUUUGAGCUCAACGACCUCAACCGCGACUCGGAGAGCUGCGACUCGCUCAAGGAUGGCUACGGCUCCAUUGACGAGAGGAUGAGUCAGACGGGCACGGACACUGGCAGCGAGCAUGGCGGUGGGGGAGGGGGUCACCCCCACGUACACCACCCACACUACCACCACCACCACCACCCCCACCAGGGCAUCACCACCAUCCGUGUGACCCCUGUGGAGGGACUAAGUGGAGGGGGCAGCGAGGCCGCCUCCGAGACCGUUUCCAUUGCCUCCAACCGGGAGUCCACCCUGCGGAAGAAAGGCAAAAUCAUCCUGCUCCCGGAUAGAGGUCCAAGUCCGGACAACUCCAUUAACUAUUUCAAAGGGACCUCCCCCACACUGCCCCCCACCCUGGGUCUGGCGUAUAGGGAGUGA